AUGGCGAUGCUCCUGGAGCCUGGGAUGCAGAGCCUGCGGAUGGGUGCCAACGGCGAGCGGUGCCCGACGCCGUCCCCACCCGGCUCCCCGGGGACGCCCCACGACAGCUGCAGCAUCGCCCCACUGACGCCCUCCCAGUCACCGCGGAGCGAGGCGCGUUCCCAACAGGCGCCGUCCUUCUCCGUGGUGGUGGCCAUCGAUUUUGGCACCACCUCCAGCGGUUACGCCUUCAGCUUCACCAGCGACCCCGAGGCCAUCCACAUGAUGAGGAAAUGGGAAGGGGGGGACCCGGGCGUGGCCAACCAGAAGACCCCCACCAGCCUCCUGCUGACCCCGGAGGGGACAUUCCACAGCUUCGGCUACACCGCCCGCGAUUACUACCACGACCUGGACCCCGACGAGGCCCGCGAGUGGUUCUACUUCGAGAAGUUCAAGAUGAAGAUCCACAGCACCAGUGAUCUGACCAUGAAAACUGAGCUGGAAGCUGUCAAUGGGAAGAAGAUGCCGGCGCUGGAGGUGUUCGCCCACGCGCUGCGCUUCUUCAAGCAGCACGCCGUGCAGGAGCUGAAGGACCAGUGCCCGUCCCUGCCCGAGAGCGAUGCCAUCCGCUGGGUGCUCACCGUGCCAGCCAUCUGGAAGCAGCCGGCCAAGCAGUUCAUGCGGGAAGCAGCCUACAAGGCCGGGCUGGUGUCCCCGGAGACGCCGGAGCAGCUGUUGAUCGCGCUGGAGCCUGAGGCCGCCUCCAUUUACUGCCGGAAGCUGCGGCUGCACCAACUGAUCGAGCUGAGCUGCCGCCCCCCGGCCAACGGCGCUGAGACCCCACGCUCCAUCGACUCCAGCUUCCGGCAGGCCCGGGAGCAGCUCCGACGAUCCCGGCACAGCCGCACCUUCCUGGUGGAGUCGGGAGUGGGCGAGCUCUGGUCGGAGAUGCAGGCAGGGGACAGGUACAUCGUGGCCGAUUGUGGCGGGGGGACUGUGGAUCUGACCGUGCACCAGAUCGAGAAGCCGCAGGGGACGCUGAAGGAGCUCUACAAAGCCUCGGGAGGUCCCUACGGGGCCGUGGGUGUGGACCUGGCCUUCGAGAAGCUCCUGUGCCACAUCUUUGGGGAGGAUUUCAUCGCCACCUUCAAGGCCAAGCGUCCGGCGGCCUGGGUGGACCUGACCAUCGCCUUCGAGGCGCGGAAGCGCGCGGCCGCCCCAAGCCGCUCCAGCCCCCUCAACAUCUCCCUGCCCUUCUCCUUCAUCGACUUCUACCGCAAACACCGCGGCCACAACGUGGAGACCGCGCUCCGCAAGAGCAAUGUGAACCUGGUGAAGUGGUCGUCCCAAGGGAUGCUGCGGAUGUCCCCCGAGGCCAUGAACGAGCUGUUCCAGCCGACCAUCACCCACAUCAUCCAGCACAUCGACGCCCUCCUGAAGAAACCCGAGGUCCACGGCAUCAAGUUCCUGUUCCUGGUGGGCGGCUUCGCCGAGUCGGCCAUGCUGCAGCGGGCGGUGCAGGCCGCCUUUGGCCACUGCUGCCGCGUCAUCAUCCCGCAGGACGUGGGGCUCACCAUCCUCAAGGGGGCCGUGCUCUUCGGCCUGGACCCCGGCGUGGUGCGGGUGCGCCGCUCCCCGCUCACCUACGGCGUGGGCGUCCUCAACAAGUUCGUGGAGGGCAAGCACCCGCGCGAGAAGCUGCUGGUCAAGGAGGGCAAGAACUGGUGCACCGACAUCUUCGAGAAGUUCGUCACCGUGGACCAGUCGGUGGCCUUGGGAGAGGUGGUCCAGCGGAGCUACUGCCCGGCCCGGCCCGGCCAGCGCCGGACCAUCAUCAACAUCUACUGCUGUGACAGGGAUGACGUGGUGUACAUCACCGACCCCGGCGUCAGGAAGUGCGGCACCAUCAGCCUGGAGCUGGGGGACGCGGGGGACGCGGGCGCGGCGCGGGGCCGGCGUGAGAUCCGCACCAGCAUGCAGUUCGGGGACACCGAGAUCAAGGUGACGGCGCUGGACACGCGCACGGCGCGCAGCGUGAGGGCCACCAUCGACUUCCUGUCCAACUGAGGCGGCCCUGGGAUGUGCCACCAUUGUCUUCCUGUCCAACUGGGACUACCCAGGAUGUGCCACCAUCGACUUCCUGUCCAACUGAGGGGCCCUGGGACGUGCCACCAUUGACUUCCUGCGCCGCUGACACUACCCAGGACGUGCCACCAUCGAUUUCCUGUCCAACUGAGGGUCCCUGGGACAUGCCACUAUUGAAUUUGUGUCCA